GCUAUUACUAAUAUGAUACAGGGUCUUUGAUAUCCUCGCACCGAUGUAGGGGGAGCGGUCUCGGUGAUGCCGGUGGUGCCGGUGGUGCCGGUGCCAAGCACCGAGUUCUCAUUCCAACAUGCUUAUAGUGGCUCUGGCACUACAUCUAUCAACCCGCCUACUUCGAGCGCCCCACCUACCAAUGGCAACUGCGCUACCCUGUAUGGACAGUGCAGUGGACAGGGCUGGACUAGAGCCUGUUGCUGUGCUUCUGGAACCUGCAAGGUUUCAAACCCGUGGUACUCCUAGUGCUUGUAAAUUCUCGAGCAUUCAAGUUUUAUAUAGUCAAGUGUAACGCUGAGUUCUAAACGAUAGAAGACACAGAGGUUUCUUGCGUAAGGUUGACUUCAGAGAGGAGGCAGGGGAUUAAACACAAAGGCUUUCUGUUACGGCUAAGUGCUAGUGCUAUGGCUAGCGCUUACGGCUGCAACCUCACGUGAUGCAUAACAUUGGAUAUCAUGGAUAUUAUGUUAUCCAUUUUAUCCACGGCAAUCCACGGAAUGUCAUGUGAUGGAUAACAUUGGAUGGAUAUCUUGGAUAUUAUGUUAUCCAUGUUAUCCACGGGGAUCCACAGAAUAUCAGGUGAUGGAUAACAUUGGAUAUCAUGAUAUCUUCAAUAUCCUACACCUAUGAGUCACAAGGCUAGUGCUUACAGCCACAACCCCACAUGAUGGAUAGCAGAGGAUAUCAUGGAUAUUUGUUAUCCAAAAUAUCCUUGAUAUCCCUUUGGCAGGACGCCACUAUAUAAGUAGAUAGUAUUUCCUUAGAUAGGAGCUUCGUGCUCACUCAAUAUAGUUUUCUUUACAAUCUGUAACGUGUUACUUGGAAAGCCUUUGUGUUUAAUCCCCUGCCUCCUCUGUCAAGUCAACCUUACGCAAGAAACCUCUGUGUCUUCUAUCGUUUAGAAGUCAGCGUUACAGUAGUCCCUUCCUAAAUGCUGUAUAUGUCCAUGUUGUUAGGACAUGUCCAAAUGCUCUUAACUUCGAUUCAAACGGAGGACAAAGAAGCAUUCCAUUACCGCUCAUCCUCCUACAGCGCAAAUCGCCUAAGCAGAUGCUCAAAAAGGCAAGCAGUUCUAAAGGCAGCUGUGUAUGCUAGGUUACUAAAGACAUAAAGAGUCUCACAGCCCUCCAUUACCUAUAGAUAGUUAGUAUAGUUAUGAGCAUAAGAGGGUACUUACUUGGAGGAUUGCUAUGUUGUAGCCAGACUGGCGCCACAUAGCCUAGUCAUUCACAGGGCCUGUGAAGGGGCUAACUAAGGAGCUGAUCAUGCCAUCUGGUGUGUAGAUGGCUUGCUAAUUGAUACCGUGUUGACGUUUAUGGCUAGAGUAUACAGCUCUCUAUGCCACAUUACUUCUAGGCAGCAAUGGCCUUAGAAGG